CGGGGACCUGGGGCGGGCAGGCUCGGGGCGCGGGCCCGGAGGGCUGACGACGCCGGGGUGAGGCUCAGGUGGGGGCCCGAGGUGUACAGGGGUGAAACGGGGCCCUGAGGAGGCCGAGAGUGAAGACUACCUGGGCCCCCGGCAGAGGCCCCCGGGAUGCUCUGGGCAUGGCCUGUGGAGCCCCACAGCAGAGCAGCCAGAUGGCAGAGGAGACCCUGGGCUUCCUGAAUGCUUUCCUCCACGACUUCCCAGCACCCCCACGCCCGGAGAGCCCUCUGCCGUGGAAGGUCCCUGGGGCAGCGCUGAGCCCGGAGGAGGUGGAGGGCGAGCUGGUCGAGCUGGCGAUGGGCUUCCUGGGCAGCAGGAAUGCUCCACUACCACUUGCCUCAUGUCUGGUGCAUGAGGCGGUUUCCCAGCUGCUCCGGACAGACCUUUGUGAAUUCAGGAAGUUGCCCAGGCAGGAGGAAGAGGACGACAACGAUACAGAAGAGAAGGCCCCUGUGAUCUUGCUGGAUGCCAGCAGCCUGGCCUGCAGCUUCUUCCACCAGCUCUGGGAAGUGUGCAGCCAGUGGCGGGAGCACGUGCCCUCAGCCGCCCAGGUUCUGCAGCGGCAAUGGCUGGUCUCCAUCCACGCCAUCCGGAACAUGCGCCGCAAGAUGGAGGAUCGGCACGUGUGCCUUCCCACCUUCAAUCAGCUCUUCGGCCUGUCUGACCCCGUGGACCGCGCCUACUUUGCUGUUUUUGACGGUCACGGAGGGGUAGAUGCCGCCAGGUAUGCUGCUGUGCAUGUGCACGUCAAUGCCGCCCGCCAGCCAGAGCUGCUCACAGACCCCGCCAGAGCCCUCAGAGAAGCCUUCCGGCGUGCCGACGAGAUGUUCCUCUGGAAAGCCAAGCGAGAGCGGCUGCAGAGUGGCACUACGGGUGUCUGUGCGCUCAUCACAGGACAGACCCUGCACGUUGCCUGGCUCGGGGACUCCCAGGUCAUCCUGGUGCAGCAGGGACAGGUGGUGAAGCUGAUGGAGCCGCACAAACCCGAGCGACAGGACGAGAAAGAGCGCAUCGAGGCGCUGGGUGGCUUCGUGUCCCACAUGGACUGCUGGAGGGUCAAUGGGACCCUGGCCGUCUCCAGAGCCAUUGCACCUGGCAUCCGUGAAGCAGUCUACCCACCAUGUGCCCUUCCCUGGGACGUCUUCCAGAAGCCCUAUGUGUCUGGGGAGGCGGACUCGGCCUCCCGGGAGCUGACGGGCUCCGAGGAUUACCUGCUGCUCGCUUGUGAUGGCUUCUUCGAUGUUGUCCCCCACCAGGAAGUGGCCGGCCUUGUCUGGAGCUGUCUGGUCAGGCAGGGCAGUGGGCUCCAUGUUGCUGAGGAGCUGGUGGCUGCAGCCCGGGAGCGGGGCUCCCGCGACAAUAUCACAGUCGUGGUGGUCUUCCUCAGGGACCCCCGAGACCUGCUGGAGGGCGGGGCCCAGGGGGCAGGGGACCUGCCCUCUGGCCUCUCAGAGCUGGAGACCAACACGCCAGAGAGAAGCUAAGAGGCCUAGGCCCCCUGCCCCCACCCUGUGACGCCCUCCAGAUGCCUUAGGACCUGACAGGUGGCAGCGGGCAGGUGGGGGUGACCCACACAGUGCUUUCCCAGGUCCCCGAGUCCCUCUUGUGGCUUGCAUUGGCCCAUGCUGGUAGUCAUGGACCUGCACUGGGCAGUAGGCGUCCUGCCCUGCUUGUGGCAGGCCGGCGGGCAGCCGGGCUCCGAAAGAAACCUAGGGAAGAGACCUCACCAAAGAGAAGACAACUGGGAAGUGGACUGGCUCUUGCUCCCAGUCCCAUGGGCAGAGGUGGGACUGGAGGCCACGGGUACUGGCUGCAGCCGGACCAGACACCAGGUGCACAUGCGGGGCAGCAGGACACUGCAUGUGGGACCCUUGGCAGACCCAGGAGCCACGGACAUUUUCAGGGAUGUCCGGGCGUCCAAGACUAGUUUCUCACCCGCCCUCUGGCUGCCGCAGCUGGGAGGCUUCAGGCCUGCACAUGGGCCUGGUGGUCCUGGCUGGCCAAGCCUACUGCCUAAAGUCGGGAGAGUGGUCUCACUGGCAGGAGAGGGCGUGCCAGGGAAGGUCUGCAGGGGUCACCUGCCUGCGGGCGACACGCGGCCCCCAGCCUCCCGGCCCCUUCUCGCCCCUUGACCAUCCAGGGGAGAGAAAGCUCAGAUGGCGCAUGUGUCCUCUUUUUGGUCUAUUUUUUUCCAGGGAAAAGUCUAACUCCGAAGCAGUAUUUCAGGUUUUGUCUUUGUUUUGUCAGUGCCAAGGUGACAUGUUGUGUCAUAUAACUUAAGCAGAGCUUAGCAUUUAUUUUAUUCCUUAGAAAACUUAAGUAUUGAUUUUUUUUUUUAGGGGAAACUUCUUUUGCAGUAUUACUGAAUUUUUUUCCUAAAUUAGGAUGGAAAGAAAAAACUUUUCCAGGUGGUGUUGACAAACCAUUCAAGUGCCUUAAACAGCUCUAGGGAAGGCCCGCGCCGGCAGGCCUGCAAGGGGGUCUCGUAGGUAUGUAGAAGCUUUUAUAGAAGGAGGGUUGAUUUUGUUACGGCGACAUGAUUUCGGCUCAGAUUCUUCCUGGGGGAGCCCCUUCUGCCUUUUGUGAUGCGCCGCUGACAGCAGAGCAGCCCCUUAACAGCGUGACCUGGGUGUGCGGGGCGGCUGUGGCCCCGCUCGCCUCCCUGCACACCUUGGCCCUGCCACCCGCAUCUCCGGCUGGACUGCAGGCUGAGGGACCAAGCAGGCCCUUGCUGUUUGACUAGAAUGUUCCAGGUGUCUCGUGUGUUGGUCGUCGAAUCAGUUUCAUUGGGCAGCUUGCUUAAGAGGCUCUGGAAGGUCUGGAGGCAGCCUGUGGGUCUCUGGCUCUACUGGAGGCAGUGGAGAUGCCUUGGGGAGUCUGCCCAGCAGCCCCUGAAGUCCCUCGUUUCUCCUACCAUGGCUGGUGACCUCUGCUGCCAUGCUGUGCCCACAGCCCAGCCCCCUCUGAGAGCUCCACUUUCUCUAGCACACCUGGGAGGCAAAGCUCAAAAGUCAGGAGACUUCAGGGACUCAGUUGCUCACAUUAGUGGGACAGAUGGGACAUGUGUGCAGAGUUGAAAGUGGCAAGGCUGGGUGAAGGGUCUGGAGGUCAGGGGUCAGGUGGGAGGACCCAGGCCCGCAGUGGUGGGCAGCACUGAGAAGGGCAAUGGCUUGUUUAGCUGGAGCUUAGGGACAAUGUCGCCAGGUGUUGGACCGUGGGAGGAAGCCUAGCACCAGGUCCCCAAGACCAGGAGGGCCUGUGGAGGGGUUCAGAGGCCACCCGCAGCAUGGAGCCCCCUGAUCCCAGCUGUACUAAGGGCAGCCCUGCUGGAGAGGAGGCGGGCAGUGGGCACCUCUGUCCUCAGCCCAGGGAAGGGCAGAUGGUGAGAGCGAGCUGGCCCCCCUGAAGUGAGUGUGGGCUGUCCAGCAGGGAGGGGGGACACCACCUGCACACUCAGCGUUACCCCCCUCCCACGACUGAGAUGAAGAAGCCAAGAUGAUGCAAUCUAUGCCUUGCUCAAAGGCUCAGGAUAAAAAGCAUUUUAAGCAUGGUCACAGCAAUUCAGAGAACAUUGGUGGAAGCCAAGAAUGACCUUGUAUUACCCGGCCUAACCAGAAGCCCCCUCUUCAGCCCCUCUCAGCACCGGGCUGGGCAAGAGGCGCGUGCGGCCCCACCCUUCACCACUAGCCCUGCUGCCGCUGGCAUGGCCUUAGUGGGGGAGGGAGGUGGAGAUGUAUAGGCGUCUGCUUUGCUUUUCUUUGCUAAUCUUAUUCCAUGGUUGCUGCUGAGCAUGGAGCUUCACCCUGGGGAGUGCUGGGUCACUCCCCUUGGUGGUCUGAUUCGAGCUCCGGCCUGGGGCUCUACCAGGAGAGCUCUCUGGGCUUGGCCCAACGCCUCUGCCUCCAAGAACCCAGCUGCUCAGAUGCCACUGGGCAUCUUCAGCUUCUGUGAGUCCAGGCCCAUUUCCCUGUCGGGCCACAGUCCCGAGUCUCGCUGUGUGAGCUGAGCAAGUCAUGGUGCUUCCGUGGGCCUCAGUCUCCCCUUCAUAGGACACAGGGUUACUGCUGAGUCUGUGCAGCAGCCGCACAAGGCGAGCUGGUGCACCCUGGUGAGAUGCUUCCAGCUCUGAGGGAACCCUCCCCCUCUGCUAGCGGGAAGGGGUGAUUAAGUAUUAUUAAUGUCUAUUCUUAAAAUUAAGUGGGUUGGAAAAGAAUCAUGCUACAGAUGCCAGCUCCUUAUAUGGAAUACAAAAUCCGGUGCAGUCAAGCUCUGCUUGUACAGGUAGGGCUGAUCCUGAGCCAGCAGGGGUGGGAACGGGCACAUCCGGGCUCCCUCUGCAGGUGGCAGGUGGGAGACCCGGGAGGGGCAGGGCUCAGCUGGCUCUCCAGGGCAUCCUAGUCAAGCGCCCACCCUGCUGAAGUCCAGGGGCACUUGCCUCCCUGACCCAGCCCUUCCUCAGCAGGACCAGGAAAUUGUUUUAGAGGGGAGAGCAGUAGGGUGCAGCUUCCCACGGGAGAAGCACGGCACUCUUGGUGUCCUGGGUCAGCUUGGGCGAACCCUGCCUUUGGCCACAGCCCGUCCUCCCCUGCCAUCCUGGCCAGCUCACGGUGGAGGCCCGGCCCCUUCCCUGCAGUGCGAGUUCUGAGUGGGCCUCUCACUGCUCAGCAGUAUUCCCAGGCCUGGCCCCACACAGGCGAAGUAGAAACCAGGCAGGCCCAUGCAAAAAAGCUGUUUUUGGUUUGAUUCUGCCCACCGCCCAAAAUAAGCAGCCCCGGGAGGCUGUGCUUGUCACUGAAGCUUCACAGCUUUGCCAGAUCUGCCAAGCUUUGCCAUUCCCGUGCCAUGCCAGCCUUGCCAAGGGUUUAUCUGUACACACCUCAGUGGGGCUCCUGGGAGUGCUGUUCUAUUCGGGGGGAGGCCUCGAUCCAAGACUGGAUGGCUGUUGCCCCUGUCCAGAGGGCCAGUCCCAGGGUGAGGGGGCCAGAAAGGCGGUCUCCCAGGGGCUGCUGUGCUCAAGUGUCAAUAAACCUCGAGUCCUGAAACCUUG